GAGGCAGCGGCAAAAUCGUUAAUUUUUCAAAAGGACACGUUCGGCUGCACACCAUUGCACUAUGCGGCUGAGACGGGCAGUUGUUCGGCUACGGCGUACUUUUUGAGCCACGGUGUGACCCUGUUGGAUCGGAACGCACGAGGAGAUACACCUCUUCACAUCGCUGCCGAGCAUGGUUACUAUCGAAUAGCCAAAAUGAUGCUGGAUACUGAGGAAGGAAUGCGGGCCCUUUAUCAUGAGGACCACCAAGGGCGUAUUCCUCUUCAUCGAGCUGUAAUGCGGGGUCAUCCGCGAACGACGCAGCUGCUUCUACAAAAGGGUGGUAUAUUUAGGAAAUGUCACAAAGGGAACACGCCACUGCACACUGCCGCUCAGUACGGACAAUUGGAAACGUGUCAAGUUCUGUUGAAGCUCUCUCCAGCCCUGCUUGAUCAGGUUAACUUUGAAGGAGUUACCGCACUACAUGCUGCAGCAAUGAAUAAUAAUGCAGAAAUUGUUGAAUACCUACUCACCGCCGGUGCUCAAAUUCUUCCAGCAAGGGAUGGUUCGUAUUUUGUGUGCAUGGCUCUUGAGCGAAGACAUCACGAAACUCUGAAGGUGACGAUUAUGCACACAAGAUGGUCUGAAAUUUGGAGUAUAUUAGAUGGAACCCCUCAGUGCGUGUUGGACGGUCUCAUUCGAGAGUUGCCAUCAUUGUUUGGGCUGGUCAUGUCCCGCAGUAUCACGCGAUCGAAAAACGAGGAGAAGGGAGAUGUGGAAGUUACUUACGAUCUCUCUGUCAUGCAACGUAAGAAGUCUGAGACCGAUGCAACGGACAAUGAUCCAAUGCAUCGUGUGAAGGAGGCUAUACGGCCGUUGGAUACAGUUGACACAAAUUUGCUACUUCGCCAUCAUGCUGGCAGUAGUCACGAACUACGUGGUAAACGACGAUUUUGUACCAUCGAACGUCAUUGUGCCGGACAAACUUCAAAAUCCACUGUUGAGGCGUUUGAAUUACAAAGACAGCGAUUAGACUACUUCCGUGACUGGACUAACACACUGGAAUUGCUGUUGUACUCGGCCGCUGAAAUACUACUAAUUGACACUUUGAUUGAUAGAAGUUUACCCGGUCGAAAGAUGCUGUCUACGCUUCUCAUGUUUUUGGCGUGGCUGAACUUUCUUCUUCAAGUAACGCACGUGAAAUAUGUUGGAAUAUUCGUGGUUAUGUUUCUUCAAGUAUUUGGUACUGUGGUAAAAUGUCUGUCCGUCUACUCAAUCGUCAUUCUGUGCUUCGGAUUUGUUUUUCACGUGUUGCUACGCGAUCCAAACUACAAGUUUGUGCUACGAAAUGCCACAUCCACCGUGGAAGCUAUGUCAACCAGUUAUCGACAGCGCCUAUCCAUGAAUCAAGCAAUGACAGAACGGGGGCAAUACAAUUAUUUGGAUGUUUCACUCUUCAAAACUCUGAUGAUGAUGUUUGGUGAAUACGAACAUUCAAGUACGCUGAUUCACCCCCUGCUCAGUGAUCCCUACCCGGAUACGCAAAAUACGAUAGCCAUUUUUCUAUUCUACAUCGCGUUUUUAGUGUUUGUACCAAUAAUUGUGAUGAAUUUGCUGAUCGGACUCGCUGUGGGUGAUAUUGAAGAAGUUCGGAAGACCGCUUGUGAACAGUUGUUGGUUCAACAAAUCUACUGGUUAGCGGAUCUGGAGUCCAAAUUUCCAAAGUUCAUCCAGAAACGCCUCGCCAAGAAGAAAGUUUCGCUCACCGUACAACGAGUUGCGGUAGGUCGUGGACUGUACAUUAUCCACUAA